UGCCGGCGGCGCAUGCGCGGUGGCGGGCGGGCGCUGAGGGGAGCUGAAGGAGAGCGGGGCCGCCAUGCCCGGCUCCCUGCAGGUGCCCUCCCUGGAGGAGCUCGACGUGCAGGAGGUGGCGGUCAGCUCGGCCGUGCUGAAGGCCGCGGCCCACCACUACGGCGCGCAGUGCGACCGCCCCAACAAGGAGUUCAUGCUGUGCCGCUGGGAGGAGAAGGACCCGCGGAAGUGCCUGCAGGAGGGCCGUCAGGUCAACCAGUGCGCCCUCGACUUCUUCAGGAAGAUUAAGACGCACUGUGCAGAGCCAUUUACUGAGUACUGGACCUGCAUUGACUAUACCAAUUUGCAGGAGCUCCGUCGAUGCCGAAAGCAGCAGGCAGUAUUUGAUAACUGUGUGCUGGAGAAGUUGGGUUGGGUGAGACCUGAUCUGGGAAUGCUCUCUAAGGUUACGAAAGUGAAGACAGACCGUCCUAUGCCUGAGAAUGCCUAUCACUCUAGACCUAGACCAGAGCCAAAUCCACCCAUUGAAGGAGAGCUGAAGCCUUCACCAUUUGGCAGUAGGCUCUUUUUCUGGUCCUGGUAAAGUGGGCAGACUGUGCUGUAACUAAAGUGCAGAGAUGUAUUGCUUGCAAAUGUAAAUUGUCCAGUAUGCGUUGGGUGUAACUUUAAUGAUUAAAGAACCCCAAACCGUUA